GUCUCUAACCCUAUACCCUCUCUUCCUGUAAACGAAACAAACCCAAAAUCGAAAGCUGAGAGCUCUCUCUUCCAUUGAAGCUACUUUCGAAGAGAGCAUUCACUGAUUUGGAAAGAGUUCUAGAAGCGACGACCAUCUUCUUCAGUUCCCGAGUUUUCUAGAAAGUUAUGGGAGACAGCGAGGCCAUGGUUUCCGAGGGAUACACUUCUGCUCCAUAUGGAGAUUAUAAUGCUUCUGCUGCUACUGUGGAAUCGACAGGGCAAGAGACUGCACCAAUUGUUGAUUCAUCACACUCGGUCAACGAUGAUUCUGUGGUCAAUGGGACUGUGCCAGUUGAGAACGGAAAUGCAACAGAUAACGUGGCUGUAACUGCUCCAGCAGCGGAGCAUGGAGACAAUCCUGGCUCUACUCUCUCACCGGAAGAGGAGCGCUUGUGGAAUAUUGUAAGGGCUAAUUCUUCAGAGUUCAAUGCUUGGACUGCCUUGAUUGAUGAGACGGAGAGGAUAGCGCAGGACAAUAUAGCAAAAAUCCGGAAGGUCUAUGAUGCUUUCUUAGCAGAAUUUCCUUUGUGUUAUGGCUAUUGGAAAAAGUUUGCGGAUCAUGAGGCUCGGGUGGGGGCAAUGGACAAAGUCGUAGAGGUUUAUGAAAGAGCAGUGCAGGGAGUUACAUAUUCAGUGGAUAUCUGGCUGCAUUAUUGCACUUUUGCCAUCAAUACAUAUGGAGAUCCAGACACAAUCAGAAGGCUUUUUGAACGAGCUUUGGUUUACGUUGGAACUGAUUUUCUUUCCUCUCCAUUGUGGGACAAAUACAUUGAGUAUGAGUACAUGCAGCAGGACUGGAGCCGAGUUGCCAUGAUUUACACCAGAAUAUUGGAGAAUCCAAUUCAAAAUCUCGAUAGAUAUUUCAGCAGUUUGAAGGAGCUAGCUGAAACACGGCCUCUGUCGGAACUAAGGAGUGCUGAGGAAUCCGCAGCUGCUGUUGUUGCUGGUGAUGCUUCUGAAAGUGCACCAUCUGAGCCUGGUGGAAAGGCAGAUGAAGGACGAUCCCAAGUUGAUGGUUCCACCGAACAAUCCCCUAAAUUGGAAAGUGCUAGUUCAACUGAUCCUGAGGAGUUGAAGAAAUAUGUUGGCAUCAGAGAAGCCAUGUACAUAAAAUCCAAAGAGUUUGAAUCUAAAAUCAUUGGUUAUGAAAUGGCUAUAAGGAGGCCCUAUUUCCAUGUGCGUCCUCUGAAUGUUGCAGAGCUAGAGAAUUGGCACAACUAUCUAGAUUUCACCGAGAGGGAUGGAGACUUCAAUAAGUUAAGUAGUAUCUGGUGCAUCAUAUGCUUGAUUGGGUUUCCAUUGGAUCAAGCAACUUUUAAAUGGGAAAUAACUGAGGCCAAACCAUGGGCCUCGAUUUGUUCCAAUGUUAUUAAUGCAGGUGUCUUCCUAACAAUCUGUCUGUCAGGCAAGGAGGGUCCCUCUGUGGUCAAGCUGUAUGAAAGAUGUGUGGUUGCCUGUGCAAAUUACCCAGGAUACUGGAUUCGUUAUGUGUCAAAAAUGCGAGCAAGUGGAAGUACGGACCUUGCAGAAAAUGCCCUUGCUCGAGCAACUCAAGUCUUUGUGAAGAAACAACCAGAGAUUCACCUUUUUGCUGCUCGAUUAAAAGAGAAGAAUGGAGAUAUAGCUGGUGCUAGAGCUGCAUACCAAUUAGUGCACUCUGAAAUUUCUCCCGGACUUCUUGAAGCAGUAAUCAAACAUGCAAACAUGGAACACCGACUAGGUAAUCUGGAUGAUGCUUUCUCUUUGUAUGAGCAAGUGAUUGCUGUUGAAAAGGGGAAAGAACAUUCCACAAUACUGCCGCUGCUGUAUGCUCAAUAUUCAAGGUUUUCAUACUUGGUUUCCAGGGAUACUGAGAAAGCUAGGAGGAUUAUAGUCGAAGCACUUGACCAUGUACAACCGUCAAAACCUCUCGUGGAAUCACUGAUUCAUUUUGAGACGAUUCAGCCACCACCAAGACAGAUUGAUUACCUUGAGCCACUCGUAGAGAAAGUUAUAAAGCCAGAUGCAGAUGCCCAGAACAUUGCAAGUGCCUCUGAGAGGGAAGAGCUAUCCUUAAUAUAUAUAGAGUUCCUGGGUAUUUUUGGUGAUGUGGAGGCCAUUCAUAAAGCGGAAGAGCAACAUGUUACACUGUUUUUACCUCAUCGGAGCACGUCAGAUCUGAAAAAGCGUAGCGCAGAUGAUUUUCUCUCAUCAGAUAGGACGAAAAUGGCAAAAACUUACAACGGCACUCCACCUGCUCAGCCAGUAUCCAAUGCAUAUCCAAAUACUCAGGCUCAAUGGUCUGGUGGUUAUGCUGCGCAACCUCAAACUUGGCCACCAACACAAGCUGCUCCUGCUCAACCGCAGCAAUGGAACCCUGCCUAUGGUCAACAGGCUGCUUAUGGUGCAUAUGGGGGAUAUCCUGCUGGCUAUACUGCUCCACAGGCACCAACACCUGUGCCACAGGCCGCUGCUUAUGGCGCCUAUCCUGCUCAGACAUACCCAACACAGAGUUAUGCACCUCCAGUUGCAGCUGCAGCACCAGCGGCUGCGCCGGUGCAGCAACCGGCUGCUGCUGUUGCUCCUCAAGCUUACUACAAUACGUACUACUGAGCCUAUUACUGGUGCUGGUUGUUUUUGUAGGAGAUUGAUAACCAUUUGCUUCUAUCUACUCAAGUUUAGUGUCUGAAUGUUUUCACAUGUCUGAAUGUUUUUACGUGUCUCUCUUUUCUCGAUCAGUGACAAUAGAUUUACUUUUCUCGAGUUGCUUGAUCCGUAAAAGAUCUUGGAUUUUCGCCGGUUAUCAUACAGAUUGUAACCAGAGAAGUUGAAUUGAUUAGCGGGUUAGUGCUGUUUAAAUGAUCAAA